GUCAUCAUGAACAAGUUUUGCGUCGGGAUUAUUGUGGUUAUUGUGUUGGUGGCGUUGAUUUCCGAGCAUGAGUGCCUUGAUAAGAAAAUGUUUUUGCGAAAGGGCCAUAAAGCCCAUGCAGCAGAAGCACCAGCGCCGCCACCAGAACCUGAAAUCCAACAUAGUAGACGUCAUCACGCUCACGGCAAAAAAGCCGCCAAAAAAGCUGCAGCGCCGCCACCGCCACCGCCAGCGCCAGCAGCCAAAAAGCAUGGCAAGCAUCAUGGUCACAAGAACAAGCACUGAGCUGGCGACAAAUACUCGAAUUCCCGCACCUGUGAUACGCAGUGCAUUUUGGGGGAGUAGAUUUGAUUGAGCUGGGCAAAUUAGUGUAGUGAUAGCUGUCUAUGUAUUCACUCAAACCGAGUAAAAUAUUAUCACGUGAUAGGCUAAUUUGCAUAUACGUGUACAAUUCUUAUUAAUUAUUCAUAAGUUAUUUACUGAUAAAAGUUAUUGUCACUGGUUUCGAAUAAGGUUCUGGCAACUGGUAUAAAUCAUAUAUUAUAUUUGCAAGUAUACGGGCAUAGUGACCUGUUAGUGGAUGUGUACGUUCACGGGUUUAACAUACAGGAAGUGAGAGUGUAGAUUAAAGUGUACAUUCACAGGUCAACGAACUGGAAGUGGUAUGUCAAUUUAUUGUGCACGAUCAUAAGUAACUCAUAACAAAUAUGAGAUUAGUUCAUACGAUCAAUUAAAAGAGGGAUUUUAAUUAAUGGUUUGUUGCGUUAGAUUGUUAAUUUUAUGAUUUUGUUUUCGUAGUAAAAUUUACUGAUUUAAUGGUAUAUGGCAUCAUUUGUAGUUUAUCCCCCAUGUAAUUAAAUAAGAAUUGUGAAAAAUGGAA